CUCCGCGCUGCAUGUGCCUGUGGUGCGUAAGAGCGCGCCGAUGGAUGCGUAAAGCGCAGGCGGCGGGCGGGAAACAAGCCCCUUUUGACUAAUAAGACGCACAGAGCAGCACGCGCUUUGAAUGUCGCACGCGUUUAGAUGAUGUUAGUUAAGAUGUUCAUCAGCUCGGGCGAAGGCGCGUUGCUGUUCGGGUGCAUGUUUCUGGACUUUUCAGCGUGGCGUGAACGCCUCUCCCCAUCAUCGAGUAGUCUCAGCGUUUCGGCGUGAACGGAAGAGUAAGCGACCAUGAGCAUGAGAGGCGACUCCUUUCUCCUCGGCUUCCUGCUGCUCCAAGUUACCGCGCUGGUGUGCAAGGCUGACGGCUUUCUCGGAAGCUUCGUUAUGAUGGCCGCCUCCAACAGCUCCAGGGAGGAGGAGAGCGUGUCCGACGAAACCCCGCACACGGAGGACCGAUGUCGGGGCUAUUUCGAUGUGAUGGGUCAGUGGGACCCUCCGUUCACUUGCGAGACGGGCAAUUAUUUGUACUGCUGCGGCACCUGUGGCUUCCGCUUCUGUUGCUCCUACAAACAUUCUCGGCUGGAUCAGAGCACCUGCAAAAACUACGACACCCCGGUGUGGCUGAAGAACGGACAGACUCCGUAUAAGAAAACCAACAAGCUGCACGACAGCACCAAAGACAAGACCAACUUAAUUGUUUACAUUAUAUGUGGAGUUGUGGCCAUUAUGGCGCUCGUGGGGAUUUUCACCAAACUGGGUCUGGAAAAGGCGCAUCGUCCGCAGAGAGAGAACAUGUACAGGGCAGUGGCUAGCGUACUGCAAGGCGGGUGUCCACCGGGUGAGCAGUAUCGAGGAGAGGAAAACCUCGGCAUGCAUUCCAAACACUAUGUUUCCAGAGCUGCUAACCUCCAAGGUGCUCAGAUCAACAACAACGUAGGGUCGAUGCCAAACAUGGUCCAACAGCAUCCGUAUCCUGCCCUUGGCCAGUUGGCUCAUGUGUAUGAACAACAACAACAACAGCAACAGCAGCAGCAGCAGCAGCAGCAGCAGCAACAACAACAGCAUCAACAACAGCAACAGCAGCAGCAGCAACAGCAACUGCAACUGCAGCAGCAAAACAAGGAUUUCAACAAAUAUGCCUCCCUAAAGGCUGUGGCUGCCAAGUACAACGGCGAUCUAUACAACAAGCGUAGGCUGAUGGUGGAGCUACCGACGCAAGGCGGUCUUCCGCUCCAACCUAUGGGCAACUCCCGACCCAAUAUGAGCAGCAACACCAUUGCUUCGAACCCUAUGGCCUCCCACACCAUGAACCAGAUGAGCUCUAUGACUGCCAUGACACCCAUGACUGCUAUGACACCCAUGACCUCCCUCGCCCCAAUGAAUACUAUGACCUCCCUGGGACCUCUGACUCCAGAGCCGGUGGCGACCUACGUUACCGAGAUGCCCCGGAUCUCAGCCGUCUCGACCCUCCCGACAGACCGCCGCGGUGCCGGAGUGGCAUCCUUAAAGCCGAACGGCCAGAAACCUAAAAGUAACCACGGAGUCCACAGUGCCCUGACUCACCUUCACAGUCACAGUAGCAAGCCGCCGGGACUGGGGACAACCUCCCUAGCGCACAUGGCAGGCACUAUGCCAGGGGGCACAUCCCUGGGAAUCUCCAGGGUGGCGGAGACCCCCAUCGGCUCCACCUUUGCGACAAUGGGUCGUCCGUUGGCGUACAGUUCUAAUAACAUCUCGUCCGGGCAUACGGCGGGUAUGGGGUUGAGGGGCUGGGACGGGACAGAGACAGUGGGCCGGAGGAAGACCUACGGGCACAAGAGGCCUCAGUGUACAGUGCUGGAGCCCAACCAGCUCCACGGCACCAGAGGCCACAGUCACAGCCAACACUUCCUCCCCACGCAGCCCUACUUUGUGACCAAUAGCAAGACAGAGGUUACCGUGUGAGCCGGAAGGUGGAAAGAAUGCACGUGGAUCGGUGACACCAGUAAAUUCCAAGUGGAGACGCCGACACCGGAGUUGGCCAAAGGGUGCGGGUCUGCGUGUUUGUUUGUGCGAGGAAGUUGAAGCUUCUCGUUAGCGCUCAAAAGAUUUCUACACAUUUGUGACGCGAUAGUGACAAAACGUCUGGUCGAUCACGUUUUACAUUUUGAAAGUCCAUUACUAAAAUCACCGAACAGGUUUGCCGACGUCCGUCAGAUGCUAGCGGUUCAUUCGGCGACAUCGAUAACGCAGCGUGUUCUCAAGAAUGACAAAGGAAACGAAAAGAAAAGUGGAAGCGAGCCCAAGAAGCAAUACACGGGAUGGAACGACAGCGCCCGCGUAUGCCGAGUCACGUCGAGAGUCAAAAUGUCUGCUAAACAAGCAUCGCAUGGUUGAACUUAACAACAUUCCAGUAUGUCAAACACCCAGAAUCUCCUGACGGCUUCAAAAGCGAAACACGACGAGGGCUCUGGGCUUUGGACUGCAGGCUAAGCGGGUUUUGUACUUAGGCCCUUCAGAAGCCUCGACGUAAGCUUCACACUUGAAGGUCACCCCGCUCAAACAAAGCUCCGGCACAGAUAACGUUGAGCGGAGGAGUAGAUUUCUCGCUGUUUACCCUCAUCUGCAUGCUGAUAGCUGGCCCAGAGGCCAGAGGUGGAACAGAGAUGCAGAAUUGGGACGCUGCCGCGAUAUGCUUCCAUAGUCAUACUCAAGUGCACAUAUUCACAUACAGUACAAAUGCAGGCAUAGGACUGGAGAGAACAAAGCAUACUGUAGAAAUGUCAGCUUUUGGAACUCAUCGACUGAUUUGUUUUCUUAUGUGAUCUCGUUAAAUACUGAAUUUAGUCUCAAGCGGAACACAAAAAUAUGGAGUUUAUUUAGAGGUAGACUGCCACGUACGGUGCUGGCCAAAAGUAUUGGCACCCCUGCAAUUCUGUCAGAUAAUGCUCAAUUUCUCCCAGAAAAUGAUUGCAAUUACAAAUGCUUUGGUAGUAACAUCUUCAUUUAUUUUGCUUGAAAAAACACAAAAGAGAAUUGGAAAAAAAAAAAUCUAAUCAUCAUUUUACACAAAACUCCAAAAACGGGCCGGACAAAAGUAUUGGCACCCUCAGCCUAAUACCGUAUUGACCCGAAUAUAAGACGGUGUUUUUUGCAUUGAAAUAAGACUGAAAAAGUGGGGGUCGUCUUAUAUUCGCGGUCUAGCCGUUAUACCCAUUCACGACACGAGAUGGCGCCAGAUAUCAUUGAGGCGAUGUUCUGUCAUGACAGAUCUCAGCUACUCUCAAGUUUAACCAGUUUGUAUUAUUUUAUUGCAAUGUUUUUCCUAGUUCAGAUUUGUUUCAAGACAACAGUUAGUGAGACUUCACUUUGAUGAUUAAUGCAGUUAUUGCAAUUUUGUUGUUUUAUCACAAUAGAUUGGUUUAUUUACAUUUCAAAAGCCAGAAGCCAUUCAUUUACGAAUGUGAUUGCACUUUAGUUUACAUUUUAAAUGUUCAGAUGUCAAGAUUUGAAUGAGGCAAAAUAACAUGCUUUUUCACUCAAAUACGUUGUUAUAAUCAUUUGUUUCAGAUGUACUGUAAUUAAUUUCUGUAUGAAAAUUAAUUUGGUGUUCAAAAACUCUUUUUUCAAACUCGAGUCUUGAAAAAGAGGCGGUCGCCUUAUCAGGGCCGAUACGGUACUUGGUACCACAACCUUUAGACCAGUGGUUCUUAACCUUGCUAAACAUACCGAACCCCACAAAUUUCACAUGUGGAUUAACCGAACCCUUUGGAAUUAGAUAUUAAAGCAACUUUUUCUCAAAUUCAAAACCAAUAUAUCUAGCUAAUAAGUUCGCAAAUUCCCAUUCAAAAUUGUUCUUAUUUUGACAGCAUGUUUUAUUGUGUCAAAAUUUGAGACCACGCUGCCCAUUGGUCUGUUGUAUUCCUUCAUAUCAUGUGCGAGUCAACCUUCCACUGAGCAAACCAGUUCCUACUCCCAUCAGAUCGAGGACUAGCAGUUAAAAGAAAUAGAUUAGGCCUGUAAAUUGGGAGCAAACCAGUCCAAAACCUGGACAAAAAAGCCACUUUGCCUAGAUUUAAUCAAUGUACAAAGAUAGGGCUCUGCGUUUCUUUACCUUUGCCGAACCCCUUAGACUUACUCACCGAACCCCUGGGGUUCAAUCGAACCCAGGUUAAGAACCACUGCUUUAGACAAAAUAACUGCGAACAACCGCUUCCGCUACCCAUCAAUGAGAUUAUUACAAUGCUCAGCUGGAAUUUUAGACCAUUCCUCUUUGGCCAACAGCUCCAGGUCUCUGAGAUGUGAAGGAUGCCAUUUUCAGAUCUCUCCACAGGUGUUCUAUGGGAUUCAGGUCUGGACUCACUUUAGAAGUCUCCAGCACUUUCUCUCAAACCAUCUUCUAGUGCUUUUUGAAGUGUGUUUUGGGUCAUUGUCCUGCUGGAAGACCCAUGACCUCUGAGGGAGACCCAGCUUUCUCGCAUUAUCCAGUAAAAUGUGUUGGUAGUCUUCAGAUUUCAUAAUGCCAAGCACACGGUCAAGCAGUCCAGUGCCAGAGGCAGCAUAGCAACCCCAAAACAUCAGGGAACCUCCGCCAUAUUUGACUAUGGGAACAGUGUUCUUUUCUUUGAAGCCUCAUUUUUUCCCCUGUAAACUCUAUGUUGAUACCUUAUCCCACAAAGGGGUCUCCCUGGGUAUCCUACCACAAAGCCCAUUUUCAUUCAGACGUCGAAGUAUAGUACGGGUUGACACUGUUGUACCCUUGGACCGCGGGACAGCUUGAACUUGUUUGGAUGUUAGUCGAGGUUCUUUAUCCACCAUCCGCACAUUCUUUCGUUGAAAUCUCUCGUCAAUUUUCAUUUUCCGUCCACGUCUAGGGAGGUUAGCCACAGUGCCGUGGGCUUUACACUUAUUGAUGACACUGCGCACGGUAGACACAAGAACAUUUAGGUCUUUGGAGAUGGACUUGUAGCCUCCUCACAAUUUUGCUUCUCAAGUCCUCAGACAGUUCUUUGGUCUUAUUUCUUUUCUCCAUGCUCAGUGUGGUACAGACAAGGACACAGGACAGAGGUUGAGUCCACGUUAAUCCAUUUUAACUGGCUACUCUGUGAUUUAGUUAUUGCCACCACCUGUUAUGUGCCACAGGUAAGUCACAGGUGCUGUUAUAUUACACAAAUUAGCGAAGUGUCACAUGAUUUUUCAAAGCAUGCCAAUACUUUUGUCCGGCCCAUUUUUGGAGUUUUGUGUAUAAUGAUAAUGAUUUAAUUUUUUUUCCCCGUUCUCUUUUGCGUUUUUACAUUGCAAGCAAAAUGAAUGAAGCUAUUACUACCAAAACAUUUGUAAUUGCAAUUCUUUUCUGGAAGAACCUGAGCAUUAGUUGACAGAAUUGCUGGGGUGCCAAUAUUUUUGGCCAGCAGUGUUUGAGGGGCACAGUAGUUGACCCUACUUUACAAUACUCAGUUCCAACCAGAAACACACCGAUUUCAAUUGGUGAUGAAGGGGCCUUCGCUAAACCAAGACUGGACUAAAUACUGUAUGUUCUAUGAAUCAUUUCAUGGCUCACACCCUUACUUUAAUCAUUUGAUGUGGUAUUAUUUUGAAUGCGACAUGUAAUUGGGCAUGACUUGUACUCAGCUGAAAUAUAACAAAUUGGACGGGCCUGUGAGAAGAGAUUUUCUGUAUGCUUUUUUAAGUGACUGCUUAUUAUUGUGACAUUCUCACCGACUAUUUAAGCGUACGUACUUGGGUCUCGAAAAAUUCACCUCUAAAGCUCAUGAAUUUGACAACUAGGAAUCAUUUGAAUCUUAUUUACCUUCUCGGAUUUUCUUGUCAAGACAUUUUGAGUAAGUCACAUAAAAGAAAGGUCACUCUUUGCUUGGGAUAUUAUCUCAACCAAUUGACUUAAUCCAGCAAGCUGGAAAUGUGAAAUACAGUAUGAACCCACUUGCCAAUUGCCAUUGCUUCACCGCAAAAGCUCAUUCACUUGUGCAGAAGCAGCCACCGGAAUAAUCGUAAAGUGUGCAGAGCGGUGGAAGCAAUCGGUUCAGAAACAAAACAAAACACAUGUUCCUUCCUAUUCUUAAAACUUAAAAACAACAAGCCGGACAGCUGACGCGGGUGGUGGGCCAAGGUUGAUAGGGUCGUGGCCACAGAGUAAUGGGUUCAUGCGGCAGUCAUUCUCAAAACUUCUACCAUCGGACAGACAAGAAGAAUGUCACAAAAGGACACAGGUUUACACAACAUGCUCGGCAAGAGCGUGGCUAAUAACCAUAAAAGUCAUUCCGAAUGAGCACCCAAGCUGAUUUCACAUUUAGACAAAGAUCAAACACAAAUGUUCAAAUGUUUGCCUUGUGUUUAUUAUUUUUACUUUAACUCAAGAUAUAGUUCUUUUAUUUAAUAUUCAUAUUCAACAUUGGUUUGCUUCGCAGAAUAGUGGUUAGCAUAUCCGCUAGAUGGCCUUCUUUUGUUUAAUUGUACCACGGAUAGAAAGAUCUACCGGUAGUCUUGAAAGAUAAAUGUUAGUACGAGUUAUAAUAACUUGAUAUUAAAACCCCUUUAAAUGUUUUCAUUUUAAUAAAAUUUGUGAAAUUAUUUUAAGCAGUAGGUUGCCAUUGUUGUCAUCACAGGGCGGUGAUGUCUCAUGGACUUCCACCGUGUCAGGUGCUACAAACCCUAGCAAAAAGUAUGGAAUCACCAGUCACGGACGAGCAUUCACUCAGACAUUUUAUCAUGUACAACAAACUCAAAUAAAAAGCUUGAAAAAAUAAUGAAUUACUUCCACAGUGCAACUCUUUAAAAAAAUGUCAAUGUAAACUUGUGCAUUUAUUGAAGAUUUAAUCCCAGCCAUCCCCCCAGUGCCUUUGCCUGACAUGCAGCCCAAUAUCAUCAAGUACUGAGGGAAUUCUGAUGUUUUUUUUUCAGGCAGUCAUCUUUGUAAAUCUCACUGGAACAGCACCAAACAAAAGUUCCAGCAUCAUCACCUUGUCCAAUGCAGAUUCUUGACAGCUUUCUUAUCCCUUCAAAUGAAAAUAUGUUUUUCAUUUCCCAAGAUGACAAUGCAUCAUGCCACAGAGCUAAAAAUGUGAAAGCCUUCCUUGGAGAAAGACUCAUCCACUCAAUGUCAUGGCCUGCAAAUAGCCCGGAUCUCAACCCUAUUGAAAACCUGUGGUGAAAAUUGGGAAGAAAAAAAAAGGUCCACAGCAAGGCUCCGAUUUGCAAGGAUGAUCUGGCGACUGCAAUCAAAAAGAGUUGGCACCAAAUUGAUGAAGAAUACUCAUCAAGUCCAUGCCUCAGAGACUGCAAGCUGUCAUAAAAGCCAGAGGCGGUGCUACUAAACACUGUGUUUUGUUGUUUCUUUGUUUCUCAUGAUUCCAUAUAUUUUUCCUCAGAAUGGAGUGAUUGUAUAUUUCCCUGCACUUGCUCUAUAAAAGUAACAUUUACUGACCACCACAAUGUUUUUUAUUCAUUUCUUUUUGUGUUUCUGAAUGCUAAAGAGUUGCACUUUGGAGCUAAUGAUUAUUUUUUCAAGCUUGUUCUACAUGACAAAAUGUCUGAGUGAGUGCUCGUCCGAGACUGGCAAUUCCAUACUGUUUCUAUGGGUUGUACAUUAAGAUGUCCUCGGUUCUGCCCUUCCAAUUUGAACCCGAGUGGAACAUUAAUGUGAAGGACAGCAAAAGGGAUGAGUCAAGUAGCGUUUCAAGUCAAGUUCGCUUGUGACUACUCUAGUGACGAGAGCAGGAGAGCAUUUGAUGUCAAAAACUGCAGAUCUUCACAGUAAAGUAUUGUGUGAUCCAACUUAUUCCAAUAUUUAUUAUGGAGCUUUACAUAUGAUUUGGGUUUACAGUGAAACACAGCAGUUUUAAUUAUUUUUGCUGAUAGCCCAGGGCCGUGCAUCACAACACGCGAAAACGUUUGUGCCUAACGAGAUGUCUAAUGGCUGCUAAUGAUGUCUUACCUCAUUUUAAUCACGUAAAAGCAGAUGUCCAGUUUGUCGAUCAUCCUGCCGGUUGCUUCCCUGUGAAUAAGCGACACGUAAAACGAAAAAAUGUAUUAAUGCCCCACAGAUUAUAAUGACGCCUUAUUUUGCACAUUGAGAUCUAAGAGGCAGAGAAAGGUGAGCGGACACAGGCGUUCAUUGAACCGCGUGGCUUAUUGGCAUAAGCUUUGGCAAAUCCUUCACAACGAACAUAUUAGCGUGAAUGUACAACUAAAAUAAUAUUCAUAUCUCUCAAAAAGUAAAGUGCUUCAAUCUGUAUUAAUGAGGCCAUAUUCUCACAGGGUUAAACAACAAUGCAAAGAGAACUAGCAUUCACAAUCAAGAUAUGCAAAAAACACAUAAAACUUACUCAGACUUUGGUCAAACUCUAAACAUUUUAGCGACUCGUUUAACUCAACAAAUUCACUGGAUGGCAAUAUUUAGUCACAAUAUACAAACUGUGAUGCUUGGAGCCAUUAUCAGGAGACGACACUCAAAUGAACGUAAGGUACAAGGAAUCUGGAAACUACGGCGUCAGUCCAGGGACAAAGUGCACUCAUUGGCUUGAUCUCUUAUCAAUUUAAAAUUCGCCAUUGACACCUUGUGGUGUAUUUAAAUCACUACCUUACUUAGUAAAAGCAACGUGGCUAGGUGACGUCACCGCCCUGUGACGUCGUCAACAACAACGGCGAGCUAUGAGUUUAUUUUUUGAUUUAAAAUUUUACAAAUGUUAUUAAAAUGAAAACAUUAAAAAGAGUUUUAAUAUCAAACUAUUACAACUCGUACUAACGUUUCUCUUUUAAGAACUACGUCUUUCAAUCCCUGGUACCCUUUAAAGUUGUUUUUUCUGGAUGACUCAAAAACGCUAAAAAUAUGCACUGUGAUUGGUUGAUUGAGAAAUAAAUCCACCUUAAAUAUGGACUGUUCCUUCUCUAUGUGUGCCGUGGCUUUUUAACAAUUUGAGUCAAAUUGCUGACUAGAGAGCAGAGUUGCAAUUGACCCAAUUAGAGGAAUCCAAUCCAGAUUUAAAGCUUUAGUGGCCCACAGGCAAGCUUGAUCAACAGUACAGACAGAGGAUUUAGCACAAGAGUUGAUGGCGUUUAGUAAGACGGGCUUUGUCACAGUACCGAGAUAUGAUGAGCACACCAUGAACUAGUUGCGACGAAGGAUCCUCGCACGUACAAAAAGGCAGUUUUGACUUAUUUUUCUCUGAAAAUCAUUAUCACUAACCGAGGAAUGUAGAAAAUGGAAGAAUCACCCAAAUUUUGGCUUAGUUGACUUCCUCAUGCGUUAUCCCAUCGAGAUUCCAUGAUGAUUUUUGCCACCAUCAGCCGUUUCGAUGCUUUCUUUUCGAAAGAAAGUCUCUCAUUUUGGCAGCUAAAAUCACUAGCUAACAAGUCGUGGUCAGUCACACUGUGGCCAGUUCGUUUCAAGAAAAUGAAUUAGUAGUGACUUGAAAAGAGAUUUGAGAGUUUGUUUCUUAUUUAGCCUGUUGUUCACCAUUUUAUUGUUAGUAAUAUCGUAAUUGUCUAACUAUAAGGCGCGCCUGACUAUAAGCCGCCACCCACCAAAUUUGGCACGAAAACUGCAUUUGUUCAUAGAUAAGCUGAACUGGACUAUAAGCCCCAGUUGUCCUCAAUGUUUUAUGGGAUAUUUACACCGAAAGAUAUUAGCCAGCAACACCUUAGUUGACAGCGGCAUCAUAUGACUGUCAUAAGACCAAAUGAAACACCACAAAGCUUUCACCCAAUUGGCUGCAAAGCUUCAUUGCUUCAAGCAGCUUCAUUUGGCCAUCACGGCUCCUUUGGGGGAGACAGUCAACCUCCGCUGUCACAUGCUGUCAACCCUGUUGUCGUCCAACAUGCCUCCUAGCAUACAUUGCAGCGCUACAGAUGUAAAUAACAUCAAAAUUCAUAUUCUUUGCAAAUUAUUUCUUCAGAUACUGUCCGUUUUUUCAUUAAUUGCUACCUGUGGUAUUUGGUAACACAUUAUUUGACAGUGGUAUCAUAAGACUUAUUAGACAAUCAUAAUUAUGACAUGACACUGUCAUGAGCAUUAAUGAAUGCAUAUAGCAGAUGUCAUUUAACCCUUAAAGACCUGCAACAUGAAACAAUCAUCAGAGAAUCCCAAAAUUUGAAAAAUAAGGGCCAAAUGAAACCUUUUUUUCAAAUUUGUAAGAAGAAAUGUCAAAAUGAAUAUGUGUAAUAAGUGCUCUAAUAUCUAUAACCAUAGCUAAAUCCCUUUUUUUUUCUCAUGGAACCUGCAGAUGCAUGUGUUGACUUGCAUCCAUCAUUUUUUUUUUCUUUUCUUACAAAAGAAAUGUCAAAAUUCUGAAUUACUCUCAAAAUCAGGACAUUUUAGGUGGAUCAAAUGUGAUAAAUUUGCCAAUAAAGGGUUAGUCUUAUCUGGCAAAUGAUCUCACUUUUGAAUGGAUGUAAAAGAUCCAAGGUGGACAUAGUUUGUGACAAAAUUAAUGACAUAAGCAUUCAGUAAUGCCUAUGAUAGUGUCAUGUUAGUGUUAUGUUAUUGUUAGUGUCAGUCUUAUGACGCUGCUGUCAAAUAAAGUGUUACCUAUUAACCCCAAAAAAAUCAGCAAAUAAACCGCACUGGACCAUAAGCCGCAGGAUUCAAAAUGAAGGAAAAAAGUAGCGGCUUAUAGUCCGAAAAUUACGGUAUAUGCAGAUAUAAUUCCCCCCCAAAACCUGAUUUACAGGCAAAUUUGACUCAUGUGUUUGCAAUGUGAAUAUUUGGCAAGUGUGACUGUACUGUGUACAAAAAAUGUGGUACAACUUGUAACUUUCUUCAAUAAGCAAAUACUGUAUACUGUAUGUGGCACUUCAAAAAUGUUGUCGUAUUGCUCAGUUUAGUCCCUUGCUCACUGCGCGGCGAGCCAACAGCCUUUACCGCGGAUAUUCAGAGAGCACGCAAUUGUAUUCUUUUGAAGAGCUCUAUUAAAAUAAACAAAAAGACAUUCUCAUUAGACACGCGGUGAAACCGAGCUUUGUCAAAAAGCGAAACAUCCGCUAGGAAUAUUCAUUAAGUUGCCCCGUCCAGGGACUUGUUGCCGGGGGAUUGGGAGCUUUCAUUGUGAUCUUUAAUCACCAAAACUUGAUGAAAUGCUGGCAAGAGGCUGUGCCGCAACUCCGCAGUGGCAGCACAAGACUGAAGAGGGACCCAAUGUCAACACUGGAUAGGGAGGAUGCUUUGAAUAAUUGAUACUACUGGAGGUGCAAAGACACAUGAAAAGUUGGGAAUCUGACAUGACUGUUGGCAUGCACACAUGAACGAGGUGUUACGGUACCAUCAUGAAUCCUGAUUGCAGUUUCUGUAUAUGACGAAGGAGUAUAUAGGCCACACAAAACAAAAAGUUGAAUCUAAUGGUGAUAAAGUCAACCAUUUUCUGAACACAAUUUAAUGUAAUUAUGGUUUACUUGUUGGGAAAUCAAGUCUAAUUAGCUUCAUUCUUUUAAAAUGUAUUUAUUUUUUAUGUACGCUAACAAGUAGCGGUGCACGAUUAUUAUUUACCCAUACCCAGCUGUACCGAUACCACGUUUAAAAAAAUAUAUAUAUGUAUAUACAGGGUGUCCCAAAAUAAUGUAAACACUCUUUGAUUUUAAAUAGCUAUUUUUUUUCUUUUUAUGUCAGAUUCGAUUUUAGCGUAAGAAUGUCCGAGCAAGAAAAAAUGUUUAUGCGUGAGUUCCACAGAGAUGCCCCAACACGCGUCACCAUUUCACAAAUGGUAGAUAACUUUGAGAAUCAUGGGACCAUCCAGUGCACGAGAAAAAAAACA